AUGGCUGUGAGCAAGAAAUACGCCGGUCUGCCUGACCUGGACGCUGCCCCCGAAGUCUACGAAACCCCCGACCUCGCAGACGAUGUCUCGACAGUACCCACAGGAACAGUCCGGACCGGCUCCCCAUACCCGUCGUCUGGAGAUGAGGCGCGCCCCGGCCUGGACCGCCAACCACUAGACCGCGAUGGCGCAAGACGACGCUUCGAACCAUCUCUCGUCGACGCCAAAGACGUGGACUUUUCAGAUUCCAUUGGUGGCACAAGACGCGCGUAUCGGACGCGUAGUGCGAGACGACGAAGAAGGAGGGGCCUGGAGAAUGGAGGAGAAGGGGUCUUGGACCUGAGUGACAGUGACGAGGAGACGCUUCCCAUCAAGUUGGCGCGGUUGAAGAGGGAGGCCGAGGAAGUGAGGUUGGAGUUGGAGAGAAGAGAGAUGGAGAAGGAGAAGGAGAAGGAGAAGGACGAAGACGCGGAAUUCCAGGACAGUGUCGAAGAGCAGCAGGCGUCACGAAAGCAGGGCAGCGAAGAAGAUGUGGACGUCGACGGCGUGCACGAACUCAGUCGCGUUCUGGAUGGCCUGAGCACGAAAGCGAGGCUGAAGGCGCCCGGCACGGUUGAGGACCAGUUCCUGUCAACGAUGGCCUCGACGGCACGACAACGUGAGUCUCAAGCAAUCAGCGCACCACCGCACUCCGACCCAGCUACAGCUACAGCAGCGCCAUCAGCGCCCGCCACGCUGUCCGCCGUGGCCGACUUCUCAGACCGCCUCACGGCCCUCGAGUCCGCCCUGGGCAUCUCCUCCAUGAGCGCAGACUCCCAAACCUCUGCCAUUCUCCCUACCUUGGCAAGCCUCACCGCACAAAUCACGGCCGUGGCUGCAACGCUUGCACCCCAGUCCACCAUGUCAGCUGGCUCGGAGUCAUCCCAAUCCCGACCCAACGUAGCCUACCUCGACACCAUCUCUGGCAAACUGAAGACCCUCAUCGCCGAAUCCGACCGCCUCGCGCAAUCCCGCAAGGCCGCUCUCGCCUCGCUCGCCGACUUGCAUGAAAAGCGGAUGCAACAACUCGUGUCAGGCGCGAGCGUGCAUGCAAACUCCCGCUCGGCGCGCAUGCGAGGUUUAUCCGCCGCGAGCAGCACCGCCAUCACUCAGGGCAACAAUGAGGGUAACAAGCUGGACGGCACGACCAGUGGCCCGGGCGGGGAAUCCCUCCAGAUUCAAUCCCAGCUGUUUCUGGACGAGCAGGCCAGCAAGAUCACGGCCCUGUAUCAUUUACUGCCGAGCAUUCAGGAACUACAGCCUCUAUUGCCGGUCGUGCUGGAGAGACUAAGGACGUUGAACGUGCUGCAUAAUGGAGCGGCGCAGGCGAAAGGGUUGGUUGACGACCUCGAGAGUCGGCAGAGGGAGAUGAAGGACGAGGUGGCCAAGUGGAGAGAGGCGGUCGAGCAUGUAGAGCAAGGGAUCAGGGAGGCCGAGGACGCCAUGAAGAGUAACGUUGAUGUGCUCGGCGGUCGGGUACGGGACGUAGAGGAGAGCGUGGGACGGCUACGGCAGGGGAGGUAG